UGAAGUUGAUAUUACUGAUCAGUCUUCUCUUGUAGUACUAGUACGUGUCAGACUGACCGUCUCAAUUGAAAUUUCAAGCCACAUCGCGUUUCAUGAUUUAAGAAAUAAGACAGCACUCUUCAUUUUGACAAGUCACCUCAUCUUCAGGGCUCUGGUAGCUCGGCGCCGGGCGCGCAUAUACACUCAACGAUACUAUGCCUAUCUCUUUAAUUCCACGCAUGCCGUUCUUUGCAAAUAUUGUUCCCCAUCGCAGAGCGGAUUCUAACUUGAUUCUAGGACAAAACGGGCAACCGUCAAUCAUAAAUUCGGACCCUCCAGCAGGACUUGGAGAUGUUCCAUACAACCCCCAAGGCAGCCGCAGGCCGGAAUAUGCACCACAGCCGGCUACUCAGAUCAGUCCUGACCCUAUCAGUGCAACCGGGAUGCAGACAGGAGGCCAGUUGACACAGUCUGAGGCAUUUAUGACUACUGUCCCCGCCUUGGCAAUGACCUCAGCUACGGCAACUGACACAAUAUCCUCAUCGCUUAGCAGCGCGACGUCAAGUUCCUCAUUUUCAUCACAGACACGUACCACCACUAGUACUCCAUCCAACUCCUCAAGUAGCACCAGCACAUCCACUCAUCCGACAGCGCUCGUCUCUCCCGCUUCCAUGCAUACUUCUCGAACUGAGCUCUCCGCCCCGUUCUACGUUGCAAUCAUCCUUGGCACUGUCUGUGUCCUCGCUUGUUGCUUGGCAUUUCUCGCCUGGUGGAUGCGUUCGCGCGCAUCAGUGCGAAAGACACAAGACGACGACGAACUUUGGACAGCGAGGGAUACACUCGAAGACGGCCCCGAGCCGAGCCUGCAGAUGCACACUCCGCACGAAGAAUCUGAGUUUUACCUCCCUGCAUCUCUCGUCCGGAGAAAUACUGGCGAUCCUUUUUCCAGCCCCAUAAAUGCGACUUUCUACAAUGCCUCAAGAACGGUCGUUGGCAAUGUCCACCCGCCCAUGGAGCAACGACGACCUGCACUCGCGAAUUCCGCAAGCGCGUUCAGCGUCCAGGAAAACCCGCGCACACUUGGUCGGCUGCAGGUAGCAAAUAUUGCCCCUGGCGACCUGACGUCUGGUGACGAGUCGAGCCACGGUGGCCCAACGUUUUACAGCACAAGGGUAGCUGAGUUGGGCCCGCCGAGAAAUGCUGUCCAGUAUCCCACACAAAAUUUCCUACCGCAGGGAGAUGGUCUACCGCAAUUUCUCCCCUCGCCGAGGCAUGUCCAGCGCACGCCUAGAGAGAGGUUACGACCAGUAAUGGAGAACACACCAGGCAUCGGUCCUACAGACUGGCAUGAUAUACCACUCCCUGACGAGGCCGAACCUGGGCCUCACGACGUAGUAGUGAAUGAGCAUCGGCCUCCGGAGGGUUGGGCUUCCGCCCUCAAGUCCAACUUCAUGACCGCAUUCGGCACUGUUGCUGGCAACCGCACGCAACGGCCAUCAACAUAUGAAGAAAGCGACAUUCCGUUGGGGUCUGCAAAAAUCUAUUCGCUACAACGAUUUCCAGAUCCCGAAUUCGACAUACCUCUCGCUGGUCACGAUCCGCCGUCAUACUCUACAGAGGCCCAGCUGAACGACGAUGUAAACGGACUGCGCAUUCGUGGACUGGGUGGCCAUCCCCGAGAACGAGUUUCCUCCCCCGACGUAUCGCAGUCAAAUCUAGAACCCAGCGAUAGCCAAGUAACACUUCGCCCAGACAUGACACCCGUGUGGACACACGAGUCCCGUGUACCGUUGAAGCACAACGCAGCUCCUAUUGGUAUGGCCAAGGAUAAGAGCCAUGCUUCGUAUGUCAGUUCCAGCAGCGUUUACACCUCCGAGUCUAUAGCUGCGGCCUCAGCGAACCUGAAGAAUUACGGGUAUGGGUUUAUACAGUCGCACCAGGCGCUUUCUCCCAGUGACAUUCCGAAAUCGCGCACGAACACGAUGCAGUCUGAACAAUCCAAAGUGUCGUCGCGGAAGAGGGGUGGGCAGCGGAGACGUUCAAGGCCUAAGCCAACUCGGCAUGAAUCAUCGUCCGCGUCUUCCAUGAUAUCCUUUGGGUCAGACUUGCUACGUCCACCCCAACCUGGCUAUUUAUCCGGGAGAGAGAGUAUGGCAAGGAGAGCGUUGCUGGAAAGAAGACGGAAGAUGCUGAUGUACGAACCUUUGGACGAGUAGCUUGAUGCCUUGGUAUCC